AUGACCCAUUUUCCGGUUUUCUUUUCACGCGAAUGCAGAGAGCAAAUGAAAUCGCCGGCAAGACUCACCAACGUACUGGUCGUGGAAUCAGAGGCUUCUUUGGAAGACCCUAGAAGCGCAGUGGGAGUUGGUGCUCCUGUGACCUUAACUGAAGUUGAGAAUUUUAGGAAGUGCAUAAGAGAUACUAAACUUUGUGAUGUGAAAAUUGAUGGGUUGUUCUUUACAUGGAAUAAUAAACAGUUGGGGGAGGGAAGACUUGUUACAGACAGUUGGGGUACUCAGGUCAAUGGUACUCCAAUGUUUAUAGUUGUUAAAAAAUUGAAGAAGGUUAAGGAGGCUUUGAAAACUUUGAAUAGGGAUCAUUUUUCUAAUAUCUUGGGGGAGGACUCAGAGUUUGAAGCUAAAUUGGUCAAGGUGCAAACUCAGUUGAAUUCUGCUCCAACAAAUGAGGCAUUGAUUGCUUUUGAAAUUGAAACAAGACAGAAAUUUGCUGAGGCUCAUAACAGGAAGACUAAAUUCUUGUUUCAGAAGGUAAAGACUCAAUGGCUAAAAGCUGGUGAUAUCAACACUGCUUACUUCCAUGCCUGUAUGAGGAGGAGAAGAGUUCACAAUAGUAUCUGUAGUAUAGAGGGGGAGUCUGGCAUUGUGACUCAGAAGCCACAUGAGAUAGAUGAGUCUUUUAUUGGGUUUUAUAAAGACCUUUUAGGUUCUGCUAAGCCUAUGAGAAGGAAGAUUCAUCAUGAGGUCAUUUCCAUGGGACCUGUUUUGGAUGAGACACAAGGUACCAACCUCUGCAGACCCUUUACAAGUGCUAAUGUGAAGAAUGCUCUCUGGGGUAUUGAUGAGAAUAAGGCUCCUGGCCCUGAUGGGUUCUCUAGCAGAUUUUUUAAAGUGUCAUGGCACAUAGUAGGGAAGGAGAUCACUAAGGCUGUUUUGAAUUUCUUUCAGCAGGGCAGGAUUUUGGCUCAGAUUAACACAACUGUUCUUAUAAUGGUCCCUAAGGUUGAAAAUGCUUCGAAGGUUAAUCAAUUUAGGCCCAUAGCCUGCUGCAAUGUAUUGUACAAGAUCAUUUCUAGGAUGCUCUGUAACAGAUUCAAGGAGGUCCUUCCUGGUUUGAUCAAUGAUGUUCAGAGUGCAUUUGUGGCUGGAAGGCAAAAAGCUCCUAGGUGCACUGUUAAAGUGGACCUCAAGAAGGCUUAUGACUCCAUAAGCUGGGAUUUCAUCCAUGCCGACUGCUAUGAGGUUUCAUGCAAGGGGAAAAAAGGCAUUAGACAGGGAGAUCCUAUGUCUCCCCUCCUGUUUGUUAUUGUUAUGGAUUAUGGUGAUCAAAAGUCUAUUUCUCUACUAGUGAGAGCUUUGAAGACCUUUGAAAACUGCUCAGGUCUUCAAGCUAGUCCUGAGAAGACUGCAAUUUAUUUUUGGACUGUUUCAAGGCCUGUCAAACAGUCUCAGUGUAUUUUGCUUCCUGCUGGUGUUAUUAACAGAAUUACUCGGUUGUGUAGGGCUUUCUUGUGGGGAGGAGAUGCUACUUUAAGGAAGGCCCCCCCUAUUUCUUGGAGUUGGAUCUGCAAGCCCAAGAAGGCAGGUGGAUUAGGCAUGAGAGACUGUGGCACUAGAAACACAGCAGCCCUAGGCAAGUGCAUCUGGAAGAUUGCCAAGAAGGAAGAUACUCUAUGGGUAAAAUGGGUUCAUGCUAUUUACAUUAAAGAUGGUGACUGGUGGGAGUAUAAGGUAAAGAAAAAUGCAGGUUGGGCAUGGAAAAAUUUAUGUAGAGUCAAAGACAAGCUGAAGGAUGGUUUUCAGAGUGAAAGCUGGAUGAAUAAAGAAUAUAGCAUCCCUAAUAAUAGGCUAAAGACUAGAAGCAUCCUCUCUGAUUGGGGUGUCUACCAGGAUAAUGCUUGUCUGGUGUGUGGAAAUGAUAUUGAGGACAGGAAGCACCUGUUCUUUCAAUGUGAGUAUAGCAGGAAGUGUAUGCAGAGCAUUAGUGCUUGGCUGGGUAUCUCUGAAGACCUGUAUGAUUUAGACACUUCCUGGGUGCAGUGGGAAAGGAAAAUGUAG